AUGCUAGUACAUAUUAAGAUUUCGUUUGUUAUUGCAGGUGAAGUACCAUUACACAUAGAUGACAAUGGAGAAGAACCACAGCCUGGUCCAUCUAGACAAACAACAGAGGAGGAAACCCUGCAACAACUAAUGGAGAUGUUUCCGGACAAAAGUCGAGAUGACUUGGUGCGAGCCCUCAGUCUACACGGGACUGUUGGUGCUGUGGCUCUUUCUCUUUCCAGUAAUUUACCUGAAGAUGAUUUUAGCAGUGAUGAUGACAGCCUGUUACAGCCUUCUUUUCCCCCUUCAAAAGAGAAAAUAGAUUCCUUGCAGUCAUUGUUAAAGGAGCUUGGGAAGAAUAUGAGUGACGAGAGAGUAAAAGUAAAAAUUGAGGAGGAGGACAUACUGAACGAUGCAUUAGCCCAUUACAAAAGUCCUGAGUUUGAUGUUAAGAAGAAGCUAAGAAUCCAGUUUAAAGGCCAACCAGCAGUGGACACAGGUGGUGUUACAAGAGAAUUUUACACAAAGUUGUUCCAAGUCAUUUGCAAGAUGUUCUUUCAAGGCGGCAAAUACAAGAGUCCUGUGUACAGUGCAGAUAUUGUAGCCUCCGGAUUAAUGCGAUACUUUGGCACCAUGAUUGUUCACAGUAUUUUACAAGGUGGCCCAGGCUUCCCAGUGUUGAGUCCUUCAGUAUACUGUUACAUUGCUUCUGGUAAUAUUGAUGCAGCAAUGGCCAAGAUGAAUUAUGGAGAUUGUUCAGAGCCUGUUAAGCAUUUCAUUGACAAGGUACAAACUGGACAUUUGAGUGCAUUCUAAAAUUACUGACUGAAAGGGAGCUUGUAAUCAAUUGAGUAGAAUACAGUACUUUGAUUCUGACUCGAACAUGUUUCAAUUCACCUAUGAGUAUACAAUCACUACAAUGUCAAGUAACAUCAUAAUCAUGACCAUGGCAUUACAGUUCUGUUUGUAAAAAUUAUCUCAAAUUUGUGCCUACUUCUUACUAUUGCUUCUAAUAACAUAUGCAAAUAAUAUGCAGUACAGAUGAAAUAUACAUGUAAUGAUGAUAUUGCCAACAAUCAGCACACAAUAGCAAUAAAAUUACUAUGUUUAUUUACAGAACAAAGUUUACAGUCAACUUAAUUGAAAACCACUCACAUCAGAUUUUAUUUUUUUAUCAAUACUACGUAGGUUGCACAAGCUGAAGAUGUGUGUAGUCUUGACAAAGAAGAAUGCUCAAGUAUGUUGUCUGAGUGUGGCCUUGCUGUUGCAUUAACAGUAAGUUUGAAUUGACUAGCAUUGUUGCUUACUGUGAGAACGACCAUUUAACUAGAAUACACUGAAGGUGUCAUUCAUCUGUUCAGUAGUUUGCUUGGUCAGUCAGUCAGUCAGUCAGUCACACUCCUACAGUCAGUCAUUCACUCACUCAUUUGCUGACUCACGUAUUCAUUCAUUCUAGAACGACAACAAGAUGAGGGUUAUUCAGGGGAUCAUUAUACAUGAUGUAAUUGGCCGCCCUAAGAUUAUUCUUGACCAGUUGGCGGAGGGUUUAAACACACUUGGAUUUCGAGCUGCUAUGAAAGAAUACCCUGAGUUCCUUGAGGCUCUCUUUAUCCCCAGCAAGGAAGAGUUGAAUGCAGAUUCUGUCAUUGGCGUGCUUCAGUUCCCUAAAGAUAUGGAUGACAAUGAAAGUGUAGUAGCAGGUUACAUUCACAUGUUUAUACAGAAUGCAAAGGUUGACACACUGGAAAAAUUUCUCUCUUUUGCCACGGGUUCAAAGGCUCUUCCCGAUUUUGGCCUGGGAAAAAUUCAAGUAAAGUUUGAUAGGGUACCGGCUAUCUUUGCAUCAACAUGUUUGUUUCACAUUACAUUUCCAAAUCAAUUCGAAGACCAAGAUAGCUUAAGUUUGUCACUAGAGGCAGUCAUAAAUACUACCACAGGACAGUCAUUUAACUGUGUGUAA